ACCAAGAGACCCAGGAACCCGCGGACUUAAGAAACUUGACUGGCAUCCAGCUGCCCAAUCAAUAGCUCCCUGGUUCCGAAGCGUCUGCCGCGGGAAGGUGGGACAAGACCGCGUAAACAGAGUUGGUUGGAAAGACGUGGGCACGAAGCCCUGAGGUGAUUGGCUGAAGGCACUUCCGGUGAGCCUCCCGACGUGACUUAGGCUCUUCUGGCGCCAAAAUGUCGCUCGUAGCGGGGGUUAUUCGGCGGUUGGACGAAACAGUGGUGAACCGCAUCGCGGCAGGGGAAGUCAUCCAGCGGCCGGCUAAUGCCAUCAAGGAGAUGAUUGAGAACUGGAUCUGGAUAACAUGGCUAUACCUUAUUGUUGAUAUAAUUUCUUUUUUUACCCUUUGGAUAGAUAUUCUGCUUCUAUUGGAUAAUAAUAAUCUCUUAUAUUUUCUGUUAAGAGCGAAUUAUUCAGAUGGAAAGCUGAAAGCUCCUCCUAAACCAUGUGCAGGCAAUCAGGGGACCCAGAUCACGGUGGAGGACCUUUUUUACAACAUAUCCACGAGGAGGAAAGCUUUAAAAAAUCCCAGUGAAGAGUAUGGGAAAAUUUUGGAAGUUGUUGGCAGGUAUUCAAUACACAAUUCAGGCAUUAGUUUCUCAGUUAAAAAACAAGGUGAGACUGUAGCUGACGUUAGGACACUGCCUAAUGCCACAACGGUGGACAAUAUUCGCUCCAUCUUUGGAAAUGCUGUUAGCCGAGAACUGAUAGAAGUUGGGUGUGAGGACAAAACCCUAGCCUUCAAAAUGAAUGGCUACAUAUCCAAUGCAAAUUACUCAGUGAAGAAGUGCAUCUUCUUACUCUUCAUCAACCAUCGUCUGGUAGAGUCAACUUCCUUAAGAAAAGCCAUUGAAACAGUGUAUGCUGCAUAUUUGCCCAAAAACACACACCCAUUCCUGUACCUCAGCUUAGAGAUCAGCCCCCAGAACGUGGAUGUCAAUGUGCACCCCACAAAGCACGAAGUUCACUUCCUGCACGAGGACAGCAUCCUGGAGCGGGUGCAGCAGCACAUUGAGAGCAAGCUCCUGGGCUCCAACUCCUCCAGGAUGUACUUCACCCAGAAAGAAGAUCUGGAUAUUGUGUGUGAGAGGUUCACUACAAGUAAACUGCAGUCCUUUGAGGAUUUAGCUCGUAUUUCUACCUAUGGCUUUCGGGGUGAGGUAAGCUGA